AUGGCAGGUGCUGUUAAAAAGUCUACGAAUAUAAAGGGAUUGGCUGUUAGCGCACAGCCUCAUAUAGAAUUAACUCCAUUGUACAAUAGAAUUUUGCGAAUGUUAGAUAAGAUGCCAAAGGAAUACACUUAUCGGAAAGAAACAGAAAAGCUUGUCAAAGAUAGAUUAAAAAUCGUGAAGGAGAAUGCUGAUGUACAAGCUAUAGAAAAAAAGAUAGGCUGUGGACAGGUAGAGGAACUUAUAAUACAAGCAAAGAACGAGAUGUCGCUGUCAGAAAAGAUAUUAGUGUGGAAACCAUGGGAAAAAUUAAUACAGGAAGCUCCACCUAAUCAGUGGACAUGGCCACCGCAUAAGUAAUUUAACAAUAUUUAUUAUAGAUUUGUAUAUAGUGUGUGAAAUUGCAAAUGAAAUAUACAUUGUCCAUUA